CGAGCUCGUGUCUGUACAUUGUAAUAGCAAAAAAAGUGUUACAUGCCUGUUGGAAAAUAACCAAUGGACAAUCUCUGCAAAGGAGGCAACACACAACAAAAUGACCCUGUGUGCCUUAUUCUACUUUCCAAACAUGUCGUUUGAAAAAUAUAUAAAAAGAUGCUGUUUUGCCAUCAUUUCAAAUUAUUUUCAAAUUAUCCACACAAAUCCACUUGAAGUACUCUUCUACUCCACCACUCAACCACAUAUCUCCCCCACUACUACCGAGCUUUUUCAACCAGCAACAAUGAUCAACAACGAUGGUGAAGGUGUUAACCGCGGCUGCUCUUGCGAAGAGAAUUGCACUUGCGGCGACGAUUGCAAAUGCAAUAAUGCCUAAUUUGUAUGGUCGCUGAAAUCAGAUUGACUCCCAUCCAUAUUCUUUCUGUCGGUUUCGCGUUGGCUCUUUCCAGUUCCCCUUAUAUCCUACAUUUCUCAUAUCAACAGAUUUAUAUACUUUUAUCACCAUCACUCCAGCCAGGCUUUUUGAAGAAAGAUUACAAAUAUGGAUGGGCGUCUCUCUAAAUCUCUGUCAAUCGUUGCAACCAAGCAUGCAGUAUUUUAGUUCUUAUUUCAAAGUUUCAAUUUGGGGUUUCAGUUGUUUU